AUGGCCGACCGACGAUUGUGCAUCGCCAUGUGCUGCGACUUUUUCUUCCCUCGCUUGGGCGGUGUCGAGAUGCACAUCUGGUCGCUCGCCCAGUGCCUUCUCCGUCGCGGCCACAAGGUCAUUGUGCUCACGCACGCCGUCCCAGGCCCACGGCCCCGCGCGGGUGUGCGGUACAUGACCCACGGCCUGAAAGUGUAUUAUCUACCAAUCACGGCGCUUGUCGACAAUGUCACGUACCCCACUUUUGUGAAUCACGUGGCGCUUUUUCGGACCAUUUGCGUGCGCGAGAAGGUACAGAUAGUCCACGGCCACCAAGCGACGUCAACGUUUAUGCACGAGUGCCUCGUGCAGGCGAAAAGCCUAACACUGGGUAUCAAAACCGUAUAUACGGACCACUCGCUCUUUGGCUUUGCCGACGCCGCAAGUGUCCACUUGAACAAAGUCAUGAAGUUCUCCAUGUCGACCGUCGACGCGGCCAUUGGCGUGUCGCACACGUGUCGCGAGAAUUUGGUGCUCCGAGCGUCGUUGCGGCCGGAGAAAGUUGCGACCAUUCCCAAUGCCGUGGACGCGACCAAGUUUUUGCCGCCAUCACCAGAGAGUGGACACUGUCAAGUGGACGACGGGUGCAUCACUGUUGUGAUUAUUUCGCGGCUCGUUUAUCGUAAAGGGAUCGACCUCGUGGCAAGAGCGAUCCCGCGCGUGUGUGCCCAGGACCCGCGCGUGCGGUUUCUAAUUGGUGGAGACGGCGCCAAGCGGCUGCUGCUGGAAGAAAUGCGAGAGAAGUACCGACUGCAUGAUCGCGUGACGCUGUAUGGAGCCGUGCCGCACGCGCAGGUGCGGCAUGUGCUCUGUCAAGGACACAUUUUCCUCAACAGCUCGUUGACAGAGAGUUUUUGUAUUGCCAUUCUCGAAGCAGCAGCUUGUGGGUUGUUUGUCGUGAGCACGCGGGUGGGUGGCGUGCCUGAAGUGUUGCCGCCUGAUAUGGUGCAGUUUGCGGCGGAUAUUACACCCGAGGCGCUGGCGCAGGCGGUCUUAGCUGCUGUGCCACGACUUGCCAGUGUCAAUCGACAGGCCUUUCACGACCGUGUCGCGACGAUGUAUAAUUGGGAUGCUGUUGCCAUGCGAACGGAAAAGGUGUACGAAAAAGUGUGUGCGUUUCCGGACAGCUCUUUGCUCCAUCGCCUGCAGCUGUACUACGGAAUCGGUCCAGUGGCAGGACUGUUGGCUUGCAUCAUUGCUGCUAUAUUGCACUUGUACGUGGUAUUUCUCGAGUGGUGGCAGCCUGCUGCCGAUAUUGAGCGCGCCUUAGACUGGACCCCAGAUGUACAACGAAGUGAAGACGAUACUGACAAAGUGACAUAG